AUCAGCUUGCAGGGCACCAUUCCUGGCUGUUCAAAAUGCAGGCCCCAGAGUAACAGUGGCAAGAUAAUGGGUUGAAAAGAUUGUCCAUCCUUGCAGUUAAAAACCUCGGCCACGGUUCCAGUACAUAUUGAAAGAGAAAUAGUUCAUCAUUCUAGUUCGCUGUAAAAAAAGAUGGAUGAAAGAGAAGAUUUGGUUGAAGAUCUGCUCACUGAGUAUGCCAUACAGCUCAGCAUUCAAGAAUCAAAUGGGGCCAAACCACCAGUGUCUUCCAGCUAUAAUGACAGUUUUGUACCACCUAGUGAGGAGAAUAGGAAAAUUGUAACAUCCAUAAAGCAAGGUCAUGUAUUUGAGCUCCAAGAGCUCGUGAAACAGAAAUAUGCUUUGGAUGAAGCUGAUGAAAAAGGGUGGUUUCCGCUGCAUGAGGCUGCAGCUCAGCCAAUUCAGCAAAUACUUGAAAUCAUUUUAGAUGCAUCUUAUAAAGCCAUGUGGGAAUACAAAACAUGCGAUGGAGAAACACCAUUAACUUUGGCAGCAAAAGCUGGCUUUGUGGAAAACGUACAAACCUUAUUGGAAAAGGGUGUUUGGCCCAAUACCACAAAUGACAAAGGAGAAACUCCACUUCUUAUUGCUAUAAGAAGGGGCUCCUUUGAAAUGGCAUCCACACUGAUUAAACACAACUGUAGUAUCCACCAGCCGUGCGUUAAACGUUGGUCAGCAAUGCAUGAAGCUGCAAAGCAGGGACGCAAAGACAUCGUUGCUCUUCUUCUGAAGAAUGGAGGAAAUGUGAACCUUAAGGACGGAUAUGGGGUAACACCAUUGGGUGUUGCUGCUGAAUAUGGUCACUGUGAUGUGCUGGAGCAUCUUAUUCAUAAAGGUGGAGAUGUCCAGGCCUUAGCAGACGAUGGUGCAUCGAUACUGUUUGAAGCAGCUGGAGGAGGAAAUCCAGACUGCAUAGCCCUUCUUUUGGAGUAUGGUGGAAGUGGCAAUGUGCCUAACAAGGCAGGACUGCUUCCCAUACACAAAGCUGCUUAUGAGGGGCAUUACCUGGCCCUGAAGUAUCUCAUUCCAGUCACAUCCCAAACUGCAAUCCAGAAAAGCGGGUUAAGCCCUGUUCACUCAGCAGCAGAGGGCCAGAACUCGCAGUGUCUAGAGCUCCUCAUUGAAAAUGGGUUUGAUGUCAAUACUCUCUUGGCUGAACACAUUUCAAAUAGUUACGAUGACGAAAGGAGAACCGCGCUUUAUUUUGCUGUUUCUAACAAUGACAUUCUUUGCACGGAAAUAUUGCUCAAAGCAGGGGCAAAUCCAAACAAGGAUCCUUUAAACUGUCUUCUCGUGGCAGUGAGAGCUGGAAACCAUGAAAUUGUAAGGCUGCUCCUGUCCUACGGAGCAAACGUCAAUUGCUACUUUAUGUUGGUCAAUGACACCCAUUUCCCCAGCGCCAUUCAGUACGCUCUGAAUGACGAGGUGAUGCUGAGGCUGCUGCUCAAUCACGGAUACAACGUGGAGAUGUGUUUUGACUGUAUGCAUCAAGAUAUCUUUGGAAAUUCUUUUGUGUGGUCAACUCCAGAGGAGGAGAUUCUCCCAGGAUGGACUUCUUCUGUAAUAAAGGAUAAUCCAUUCUGUGACUUUAUUGCUGUUCCUUGGUUGAAACAUUUAGCAGGAAAAGUGGUUCGUAUUUUUAUAGAUUACAUGGAUUAUGUUCCUCUAUGCACAAAAAUUAAGUUUGUCUUAGAAACACAGAAAGAAUGGACAGAGAUACGUCAGAUAUUGGAUAAUCCUCGCCCAUUGAAACAUCUGUGUCGUCUGAAAAUACGUAAACUCUUGGGGUUAAGGAGACUCCAGAAGCUGUCAUCCAUGAAGAAGUUUCCACUUCCACCAGUUCUCAAGAACUAUAUCCUAUAUAAAGAAUAUGAUCUGUAUGGACAAGGGAUACAUUUAGAGUAGUUUUUAAAAAUAAGUGCAUACAGUCUGUAAUUUGACUCAUUUCCUCACUAUUUUUUACUAGCUGAAGAGCUGCCUGGUGUUUUAUAUAAAUUCACAACAUUCUGAUAUUUGUGGAUAAUAGCUCUUUUAAGGGAACAAAUUUGUCUUCAAAACUAGUGCAUUAAAGCUCAUGUUUUCACACAUUGUACUAUCUAAAUAUAAAAUCAGAAUAAGGAAAAUACGAUAAUUAUGUAGAACAGUACACGUUAAAUGGGAAUUCAGAUUAAUAAAGAACAAAAGAAGAAUUUUCCUGAUGGACUUGCCAAUGAAGAUGAUAAAUACAAUUGCUGCUCUCAAUUUGUAGUGUUAGUUUAUCUGUAAAGGAAAAUAAAUGUCUAAUUUAGCUUGGCAAAGAAAAUUAAACCACUAAAUGCAUGUCUCUGUCAUAUAAUUGGCAUGAAAUGUAGCACAUUUUGUACUUUGAAAAUCACGGUCCCAUUAUAAAAUUCUCCAAACACUUCAAA